CUUCAUCUUCAUCUUCCCAUUUCUUUGUUAAAAAUUAUCCCUUUUUUCAAAGAUCAACAAGAUGGGAUGUGGAUCAUCUAAACUAUCACAUAUUGGAGAUGUGAUAAUGGUGCCAACAAAGAUACGACCAAUGAUAGUGCGAAAGAUGGAGGAAUUAAAAAGGCAUGCUAGGAAUUCUAGGGGCUCCGGCGCUUCAAGGAAAGAGCUUCUCAAGGACACCAGUGGAUAUCAUAAUAGUGAUUUCUACGUCGACAGCAGUAGAGGAUCCUCCACCACCGUAGGAGAUAAUAGCCUCAAACAUGGAAAAAAUACACAUAUGUCAUCAGAACAGUGUGAGGAAUUCAAAGAUGCAGUAGAGAGUUUGUCAGAAACACAUGAUUCGCGGCCUCUAAAAGAAGUUAUGCCCAUACAAUUGGAGGAGAAGGUUAAUAAAGUUGCGUUGGAGUUCCUUGCAUGGAGCGAGAUGAGAGCUGAAUCUAAGAAGUAUAUGGAGGAAGAGAUGGUGGAGGUUGUUGAGGAUGAGGAGGAAAAUAGCGAAGAUGAAGAUCUUAUUCAACGACAGAUAUCCCCCGGGUCUCCAAGCUUCAGGGUGUAUUACAUUGAGUCGUUAGCUUCCACAAUGAAGGAUGUUGAUAGCUUUGAGGAGUUGGAUGAUGAGAUUGAGAAUGAAAUACAUAGGGACAUAGAGAAGAAAGAGGGCUCUAAUAUGAUAUCAGAGGAACUUGUCAAACGUAAAAAGGGGAUAAUGAGAACGAUGAGGAAGCAGGGAGGGAAGCUGAAGAGGGUAAUAAUAACAAAAUCCAAACCAACGACUACCACCAAAAUGUUGAAGGUGUCAUCAUGAAGUGAAAAAUCUAAAAAAUGAAUUACUGCUUCAAAAUCAAAUGUUUGAUCCUUUUCAAAUUAUUCUUUCCUAGAUUGUUGAAACUUUUUAGUCUACACAUGUUUCUCAAAAUAUUUUGUUCUCCCUCUCACUUGAUAUCUUUUUUCUCAAUCAAUUUUUUAUUAAAGAGAAGGAGGAAGAACAAAGUAAACAAAUCUAGAUGUAUGACAUCAAUCCAUGUGUUUGCAAUUGCGCUGAAUGAUACAUAUUCUAUCCUCGUUCUAUAUAUAUACUAGGAAUUAUAUUCGCAUGAUACAGCGACUGGUUGGAUAAGAGAGCACUUCAUGUGUGCAAUUUAUUUUGAUAAUUUUUCAUUAAGUUAAACUAUAAGAAGAAAAAUAUAAAUAAUAAGAAUAUAAGAGAAAAUUAUUGAGUUUUGAAAAUCCUCCUACUUCAAGAUUAAAGAGCUAUCAAUGUAUUGUCCACUCUUUGGCACUCCUUCUAUUUGUGGGCCCAGAAGAUUAUCGAAACCCAAAUUCGGAAUUGGUUUUUUCAUUCCUCACAAUCACCAGACCACUUAUCCCUUUCUCAUCAAUCCUCAACCCUUAGACAUAAACAACUCCGACUAUGUUGAUUUCUAUACCUUUUUUUUUUGCUCCUCUUCUCUUUUGUUGUCCCAUUUUUAAUAUGAAAAUUUUCUCUUCUCUUUUUCUUCAAGAUCGCCUCUCUCGCUGAGAUCGCCAAACACCUCUUCCACAUUUAAAAUUUGCGAUGAUAGUCACCGGUUAUUGCACUUCUCUUCUCAUACUAAUAUUCUCUUUCUUGCUUCUCCUUUUCUUUUUAGAUUCCAGGCAAAAUAAAAUUGAAGGGAAGUAACAUAUGGAAUAUCAACAUUGUUUAUCUUAACAUGCAGAUAUCCUAGCGACUCCCGAUCAUUGUAGUUGUCGAAUAGGUGUUUUGCAGUUUUAAUUUUAGCAUCAACUGCUGCUUGUUACAUCUCUCCCAAUUUCCUUCAUCAUUAACCCAGUGAAACAAAAAUGGAGCGGGAUCCCCAAGGAAGGGGUCAUAUGGGAGAAGGUAAGAGAACAAUGCAGAAUCUGCUUGCUCUGACAGGCAACGGUGCUGUUGCUCGUCAAUAAAAAGAAAGGGGUAAACACAGCUUGACAUGCAUCUCGGUUCGAUUUUCCAAAAUUUUUCUUGAAUUUCUUCUAACUGAUGAUCAAUCAAUUGUCAUGAAAAUCCCGAUUUCUCAUAUGGAUUGUCUACGGUUCGUGAUUAUAAAAAAAGUUAUGAAUUGAUGCUACUACCAAUCUUAUUGGUCCAUUUUUCCAAUCUAAUUGCCACAUUCUUGUAUCACUAAGACUGGUCUCAAAUAGAGAGGUCCAUCUGAAAAUGGAUCAUUGUCUCAAAAGUCAAUGGGGGGUUUAGCUCAACCCAACAAAUUUUAUUGAAAAUAACACAUUACAAUAAUACUUAUUUUAGCGAACAGUAAUGGGGUAUUUAGCUUUAUAUAUAUCAAUAUCUUAGUGAACAGUAACGCGUAUUUAGCUUUAUAUAUAUUAAUAUAGUUUUUCCUAUUCUUCCCCUAUUUUUAUUCAUCGUUAUUUCCCCUAUUUCUCCCACUAUGUUCCACGAAGGUAGAUACUAAAAAAGUUACGAUUAAGGUUGUGUGGGACUUAUUGGCUACGCCAAAGAAAGAGGGCAGUAUGGGAUUGUGUGACCUCCGAACUUGGAACAUUGCCUAUUUGGCUCGUCUCUUGUGGUUGCGAGCUCAAGCUUUUGGGUGGCAUGGGUGAGGCGCUAUAGGCUGCGAUCUCGAUCUAUUUGCGAGCUGCAGCCUACCAUGGCUGGAUCCUGGCUAUGGAGACAACUAUGUAAGCUUUGUGGGUGGUAUCAAUAUAGAAUGAUUGUAAAU